AUGGUUCAAGGUUUAGCCUGUACUCUGCCAGAUGAUGCUACCCUGAGGCAGUUGCAGGAAACUGCUGACCGCCUUCGUAACCUCGAAAAAAGACUGGGAGCCUACGUUGAACCCAUGACAGAUCCCAAGUUCGGAAGCAGUAAGGAAAAGGAGGCCAUGCUCGAUGAGCUAUUGCGAGUGACGGGGAAAAUUAAUGAUACGGUUGAGCUGUUUCAGUCGUUCGAGAGAAUGCGCCGUCGUGAGGAAGAGAAGAAGGAGGUAUUAACUCUGUACAUUGCUGUUGGAACGACAGCUCUUUUUCCAAAACAAUAG